GGCCCUUUUGGUGAUGAUGAAUUACGACAAUUCUAUCCUAGAGAUGGUCUAACUUUCCAAGUCAUCAAUUUUAUAUUUUUUUUAUGUUUUUGGACUAAAUAGGGACGAUGCUCAAACGGACUUAAACCCCUAAUUAUAACAUUGAUUUGAGGCAAGGUUCAUCAUCUUGGUACCGAAUCCUAUAUUGGUACUAUCCUGUUACAAUGCCGGUAUGUGGUUGGUAUGGAAUGAGACGACGUACUAAGUGUUGGUCCGAUAUGAUACAGCAUUCGGUUUGCUACUGACUAGCAUGGCAAACCUUGAUUUGAGGUGACUGAGUAGUUGUGAUGGCGGAGAUCUCACGUGAGAGAACCUUGACACAUUUGCCAGAUCAAGAUAAUCAAGGCAUGCUAGAUCUUGUCUUCCAUCAUAAUGGCAACACUCUGCAAUCUUGUUUAGUGGUUGGAGAAGAAAUUCUGCGAUUGCAGGAUAUGGAUCCUGAGACGUCCACCAUACGUGGCAUGAUACGUGGUAAAAUUUUAAAAUAUUUAAACAAGAAACCAUACUAUUAUGCAUGGGCAGAGAGCAGAGAAAAACUUGCUGAAGUAUUGGAUGAAAAACUUUUUGCAACAGCUGAUUCAGAGUGGCAUUAUAUGGAUCUGAGUACACUGGAAUGCCGACUGGUUAAUUUGCUUAGUGAUGAAAGAAAAGAUGCAGCUUGCCGUGUUUCUUCAUCAUCGAUAGGCUCAACGACAUGGAGCUCAGAAAUGCCUCAAAAUAUGGAAGCAUCUUCCCCAGCUCCUUUCAGAAAUACUAUUCUAAAUACUGAUUCUGCUAAAGGGGUAUCUAACACAGUUCAUAGUUACUCAUUGAACACCAAUCUUUUUCCCAGCUCAGUGCGUGAUAAUGGCUUAUCUGCCUCUCGCAGAUAUUUACCAUAUGAACACCAUCGUAUGGUUGCCAGUGUGUCUCUUGGUUCUGGUGUGAAUGCUAUACCUUGGCCAGAAGGUAAACUAGGACCUCACAUUCCCAAACCGGUGUCCACAUCAUGUAGUCAUGGUACCAGGGAUAGUGACUCCAAUGAUGUUGCUGCGAUGUCACCAAAGCAGCAUACUGGAUGCCACAACAACCAUUUGUUAAAUAGCAUUGGUGAUGAAAUGAGGCCUAUCAUGUCUCAGAUUCCUUCUUACAGAAUUGCUGAUAAAGUUCUCGAUGCUGGACUUGUUCAUCCCAGAAAUGUUGUUGAAGCAAAUAACGAAGCAGUAGCAUCUGAAGAAUGCAUGGAAUCCUGUUUCUAUGGUGAUAUGCAUUUGAUGCCUGAUAGCAAAUCUUCUGCUGGAAUGUCUGAUAUACCUGUAUCAUCAUUUGGUUCAAGUGGGAAUUCUGGAACAAUGAACCCAUCAUGUUUGGAAUAUAAGUUGGCAAUGAACUCUGGAGGUCUGCAUUCUCAUUCAGGUCUGCAGACUUUGCAACAGUUGCUACCAGUAUCUCAAAAAAGCCUUGUUGAAUCACUUCAUAUGGGUACUCAAUCAUAUCCUUCAGAACAGGGAAAUCUAGUUCAGAAUAAGCAACUAAAUAAGGAAUCCCAACAGUCAUGUCAAUGGUCCAAUCUGCUGCAAAAGCCAUUUGAUCAGCUUCAGCUUUUUCAAAAUGCUCAGUAUUUUCAGCAGCAACAGGUGUUGACAGAUAAUGGGACUUUAGGUACCCUGCAGUCAGAAAGCUUUCUAACUGGGCCAGUUCAGAUGAACAGUUACAUUUUAGCAGGAGAAGUGCCACUGCAACCUCUGAGAGAACAGGAUGGAACUGUGCAAAAACAAACUCGAUAUUCUAUUGAGAAACCCACAAGAUUUCAGCUUUCUUAUUCUAAUGGGAUGGCAGCUGACUGUCAAUCUGAAUUUCCACAAGGGAAUAGGCUAUACCAUAAAAUACACAAGCUUCUAUUUUUAUAUGAACAUGUCAUGACUUGUUUGAGUGAAGAAGAAAAAUGUGAAUUACGUUCUUGCAUGGUUAUGAAACAGAAAGUUAGGCACAUUCUUGAUUGUAACAACAAUCACUGUACAACACAGUGUGCUAAAUAUAAGAAGUUAUUUGAUCAUUAUAGAGAGUGCCAUGAAAGUUUAUGUGGUAUUUGCGCUCCUGUUAGAAUGAGAAUGAGAAAUGUUUCACAGGGUGCUACCACUGUUACACAGACUCCUUUUCCCACUGUUGAUACGGUAGAGUAUAAGAAACCUCCAUUGAAACGCAUGAAGUCAGAGCAGUCUUCUCUCUUAUAUUCCGUGCAAAGUGAAACUUCUCGGUUAUUAUCACCAGUCAUGGGUUGCACCCAUCAAUCUCCCCAAGAGGUGCUCCAACCAUGCUAUGAUGUGAGCAUGUCUGUUAAUAGUAUCAAAACAUGUACUGAGAGUAGAAAGUCAAUAUCAGAGGCAUGUGCAACUUCCUUUUUGGAGAACCAGGCGAAAUCAUGUGAGACUAAGUUUGAGGAUCCAAAGGUGGCUACUAAGGUACAUUCUGGUGUUGAGCCUGUUAGUGCAGCACAGAUUGUUUCUCAUUGCGAGCAAGAUUACGCAGAGGUUCAGAUUGAGGCUGCUAAGGUUGAGCAGGAGGCAGAGACUAAGGUUACUGCAUCAUCAGUUCUCGAUGCGAUAGGAACAAAGCUGGGAAAGCCAAAGACAAGAGGUCUUUCAGUACUUGAUACAUUUACUCCUGAAAAAAUUAGGGAGCAUAUCAGGAGUCUUGAGCAAUGCACUGGUCAGAGCAAACGAAAUGCAGAAAAGGUUGAAGGGGUGGAACUCUUGGUGGAUCAGAAUUCGUGCAGCUUGUGUGGGAUGGACAAACUUCUUUUUGAACCACCUCCUAGAUAUUGUGCAUCAUGUUCUAAGCAAAUUAAUCCUAAGGGAGUUUACUACUCUUUGAGAAAUGCCAACAUGACAAUUGGAAGUGAUGCAAGGAUCUCUUUAUGUGGCAAAUGCUACAAUGGUUCUCGUGAGAAUGUCAAGAUGGAUGGACAAGAUAUUCCAAAGGUUAAGUUGGAGAGGAAAUGGAAUUAUGCUGAAACAGAUGCUGAGACUGAAUGGUGGGUCCAAUGUGAUAAGUGCCAAGCUUGGCAACAUCAAAUCUGUGCUCUUUUCAAUGGCAAAAGGAAGGAGGCACUGCAAGCUGAGUACACUUGUCCAAAUUGCUCCUUACGGGAAAUAGAAAGUGGUGAACGGGACCCCUUACCACCAAGUAUGGUUCCUGGGGCAAAGGACUUGCGAACAACCAUGAUGAGUGACUAUAUAGAGCAAUGGCUUUUCAGGCGCCUUAAAGAAGAGCGACAAGAAAGGGCAGAUAAUUUGGGAAAGAAGUUUUAUGAGGUACCAGGAGCCGAGGGUCUUACUGUUAGAGUGGUGUCAUCAGUUGACAAGACAUUGGAAGUGAAACAAUAUUUUCAUGAGGUUUUUAAAGAAGAAAAGUACCCUGCAGAAUUCCCUUAUAAAUCAAAGGCUAUUCUAUUGUUCCAGAAGAUUGAAGGUGCAGAUGUUUGUCUCUUUGGCAUGUAUGUUCAAGAAUAUGGAUCUGAAUGUGCACGCCCAAACCAAAGGCAUGUGUGCCUUUCAUAUAUAGAUUCUGUCAGAUAUUUCAGGCCUGAAAUAAAAGCUGUAACUGGGGAGGCGUUGCGGACCUUUGUUUAUCAUGAAAUUCUGAUAGGAUACCUUGAUUACUGCAAGAAACGUGGGUUUACUAGCUGCUAUAUAUGGGCCUGUCCAUCUCGGAAGCGGGAUGAUUAUAUUCUGUACUGUCAUCCUACCACACAGAAGAUGCCAAAAUCUGAUAAACUUCGGGAAUGGUACCAUACAAUGAUAAAGAAGGCUACAAAGCAGAAAGUUGUUAUGGAGCACUCUAAUUUAUAUGACCAUUUUCUUAUACCUGCCAGUGGACGUAAGGCCAAAUUUACGGCAGCUCGUUUGCCAUAUUUUGAUAGUGAUUACUGGCCAGGAGAAGCAGAGAUACUCCUGCAGAAAGGAGAUGAGAGUGUUUCACAAAAGAAAGGGGAAAGGGUGCUGAGGGCUUUCGGACGUGAUUCUUCAAUUGGAAACCCCAAGGAUAUUCUUCUGAUGCACCGACUUGGAGAAAUCAUCCGCCCCAUGAAGGAAGACUUCAUAAUCAUCCAUCUGCAGCAUAAUUGUAAGCAUUGCUGUCAGCCUAUUGUGUCUGGAAAACAAUGGGUUUGCACUGUUUGUAAAAACUUACAACUUUGUGAAGGGUGCCAUUGCAUAGAGCAGAGUCUUGAAAAGAAGGAUAGGCACCCUGUUACUGCAAGAGAAAAACACUUGUUUGAAUUAGUUGAGGUGGAAAAGGCUCGUGCAGAUACAAAUGAUAAAGAUGCAAUAAUACAGAGUGAAUUUUUUGACACUAGAACUGUGUUUUUGAGUCUUUGUCAAAGCAACCAAUACCAAUUUGAUACCCUCCGUCGGGCAAAACAUUCAACAAUGGUGAUCCUUUAUCACCUGCAUACUCCGACUGCAGCUGCUCUUGCAUCCUCAUGCACUGUCUGUCAUUGUGAUGUGGAUACAGCUCGGAGCUGGCAUUGCAUGACCUGCCCUGAUUACGGUUUAUGUGAUUCCUGCUAUCAGCGGGAAGGAGCUGCCUGCCAUGAUCAUAAACUGAUAAGUCAUGCCACCAAGGCUGACAAUGGCAUGCUCCAGAAGAAAAGGGCCCAGCAAAAGCUAGCUUUGCAGAAUUUGCUUAAUGGCUUGCUGCAUGCCUCGACUUGCCGUGAGCCUCAUUGCUCAUAUCCAUCUUGUUACAAAAUCAAACGGCUCUUCCAGCAUGCUAAGGAAUGCAAGACCAGAGCCAGUGGAGGUUGCAUACCCUGCAAAACGGUUUGGUAUCUUCUCCAAGGACAUGUGCGCAUUUGCAACAAGUUGGAAUGCCGUGUUCCACGUUGCAGGGAUCUGAAGGAUCACAUGAGGAAGAAACAACAGCAAGAGAGGAACCAGGCACCAAGACGGUGAGGCUUCUGAGAUCGGUGGUUGACGAAGCUUGCAGUUUAAAGUUUUUAUUAGUGAGGAUUAAGUGGAGAUUCCAGAUUGUCAUUUGACUUGAAAUCCCUGGAGAGGCCGUUUCAGUCAAGUUGUGUUUUCCAGAUGGCUGAGCCAGCAAGUGAAGACACGCGCUAGUGACUAGGUCUCACCGGAUGUCUGGAGUCGUGGAUAGUGAAACAGCCUGAAAUUGAGGUUAAUUUAACCAAUUGUGCAGAUAUUUUAGUACAGCAAUGGAAGCUUUUUCAUGGACUAAAUCAUAAACCUAGAGCAUGAGAAUGAAUGUAGAGGAAGAGACGGCAGAGAGGUCUUUCAGCUUUCAAAAUUAUACAGCAAAUUGUACAGAUUAGUUCUUAUAGCAUAGGCGGUUGCAUUGUAGCAUUCUUUUUGUAUGACCAAUAAAUUGAGGGGUUAUUUAUAGUAUUUAAAUAAAAAGGGAAAAUCAUUUGAUGCAACCAGACCUGUUGAGUCUUGGACUCCCAUUAUUGGACUUGCAAGUGAUAUUAAUAGGUAAUGUUUUAACUUUUGUGGUCGAUCUUCAAAUUGUCGUUGUGCAUCUGGGGAGAAGGUAUCAGUAUCCAUCUUUGCAAGGCAUCUAUGGAAAUCAUUGUUAUGGAUGAUAAUGUACGUUUGCUGAUGUUUAUUCUUUAUAAUAAAUUUAUAUGUUAAUGUGAUGCA